GCUAUGCAGAUUCGAAAUAGUUUUAGUUACUGCUACGUUCUUGAUUGCGUCGUACUGUUGAAUACGAAACAUCUAAUUGCGAAUCUUUACUCCAGUUCAGAUCCAAGAGUAGUCUUGAUGUGAGCGUUUUUUUGGGCUACUGCCAAAACCUGUUUUGAUAUUGCGGGCACCAUUAAUGUGCCAGUAGUAGCGCCAAUAUAUUAUGUAACGUUUACUGUUUACGUUUGGAUAAGAUUGAUUGUAAGGCUCCCCCAUGUUUGUGUGCUAUAUUUAUGACGUACCUACAGCUUCCUGCUUUUGGACAUAGCGGAAUAGAUCUACAUCAAGUAUAGAAUGAAUUGCUGCUCCGGUGGAAAGGGCCCUGGUGGUGGACGUUUCAUAACUCGAGUACUAGGCCUUUUCCUUUUGUGGGGCCUAGUCAUCUUCGCCAUCAUACAACUGAAGAGUAUACCACUGGAGGUACACGUACCGCAUCUAAACAGCCGCUUACUACUUCAGAAACGUUUGGAUCCACUGACCCGACAUGCGGACUCGACUACCGAAGCGAUCGACGAAGAGCCUUUCAUUGACAAAAGUCCGAGUUUAUCCGAAGAUAUGCUUGUUGACGACAUACAAAAGCGAAUGCCUAACUUUCCCAUCGCCUACUGGAACAAGAACAAGAAUAAACCCAUGGGCUUUAACAACACGUGCGCGCGUUUCCCUAGCAUGUUUGAUUUGGAGUUUAACAAUAUAUACUGGCAGACGCUGAGGACUACAAACGGAACCUUUCAGUUAUUCGGCGCGUACCUCGACUCCAGACCCAAUAAUCGUCUGGGACCCACCGUACGAAUCUUAGGCAUGAUAGAUCGAAUAGAGCCUACCGUGCCGACGUACUGCCAGUUUUGGUUCGACGGCAAAAAGGAACCGGUAAUUGCGAAAAACUUUGAAUACAAGUACAUCUGGUACAAAAAAUGGGGCAACUACAAACAGGGAAUAUACCAACCCUACCUCAUAGCCUGUGUAAUUCCCGCCGAGUAUAGGAAUGCAGUACCUGAAUCGAUUUCGCUUGUCGAAAAGGCCUGUGAUAAUUCUACCAAUAAUCUGAGGGUUAUUUACAAUAAACCGAAGGAGAAGAAAGAUUUCGCAGUAUGCGUUAAGGGGUUAGACUUUCUACACGAAGACCUGUCUGUUAGGCUCGUCGAGUGGAUUGAGCUGCUCAAUCUGCUAGGUGCAGAUAAGAUCUUCUUCUACGAGCUGCAGGUGCAUCCGAAUAUAAGUAAGGUGCUCAAAUACUACGAGAAGGAGGGGAAGGUAAAGGUUACACCGAUAAACCUCGCGGGUGGGCAGCCCAACGGCCCUUCAUUUCAACAUCUUUACUUGACAAAGAAAACCAAUCAUAAAAGACAGAAUGAGGUGAUCCCAUACAACGAUUGCUUCUAUAAACAUAUGUACGAAUACAAAUACAUAGCGCUGCUUGACAUUGACGAGGUGAUCAUGCCUGUAGAUGGAACUUCGUGGAAGGAGCUGAUGGCACGUGUGCUACCCAAGGCCUUAAAGAUAAACAAAGAGGAGAGGGCUUCCUAUAACGUUCGCAACGUAUAUUUCUUAGACGAUUUGCUGCAUAACCACGGCUGGUUUAAAGAAAUUCCUCGAUAUAUGCACAUGCUGCAACACGUCUACCGCGCGAAGAAUUUCACGAAACCAGGCCAGUACGUUAAGUGCUUCCAUAAUACAGAAAAAGUUCUCAUUUUACACAACCAUUACCCUCUCGCCUGCCUGGGAAGCGGUUGUACUUCCUACCCGAUUGACACGACUGACGCCCAACUUCACCACUAUCGCGCCGAUUGUGUCAAAACUUUGAAGAAGAGCUGCGAGGAUUUUAAGAAGAACAGCGUAAUGGACGUAACGAUAUGGAAGUUUAAACAACCGUUAGUUGCGAGAGUAUCGACCGCCCUUAGGACUUUAGGCUAUUUCACCGUGGGCAGAAAAUUCGAAGAUCGCAGAUGAUAAAUCAACUGCACUUUAUUGGUGCUUGGGUGCUUGAAAAUGACUGAUGUGUGCUAAUAGUUUCGCGAAUGAAAUGGAUGUUCCUUAAAAUGAAACUCUUCUUAAAUAACCGUUCCUGUAUUAUAUUAUUUUUAAGGUAUUUAUUUUUAUCUGUUUAUUGUGAUAUCGAUUAGUGGUUUACAAUCCCGAUGGAGCUUUGAAUUUAAUUUGCUCAAUUAUUUUACGAUGAUAGGUGUGAAAGGCGCUUGGGCGAGACGGGUCCAGUCACUUUUGCCAUCUGUUACGAAUGUAACUAGUUUAUUUCUCAAAUUUUAGCCAUUAUACAAUUAAGAAGUGCCUUUUUAGUUUUAGGUACAUGUAUUAUAUUGUGAUUAUAUUUGUUUUACUUUUACGACUACAACAGUGGUCAAAGUUAUUUGUUGUGAUAAUUAGGGUGUGCUAUAGGGGAAUAAGUAAAUAUUGCUGGUAUUAUUGCAGACAUUGUGAGCAAUGUACAUUGUACAGAUGGUACGCAAGGCUACAAUUGUCACAUAAUAAGAGAUACGUUAUGUUAGGUACAGAAUGACAUUACCUUUAUGGAGUUAAAGAUAUCUGGAAGGUGUUAAAAUGUCGCAUACUUACACCGUGCGGGAUGCAGUGCAAACCAAUGUUGCUACAGGGCUGCAACCUGCAACAAUGCCACAAAACAGUAAAAAGAACGGGCAGUGGGUCGAAUAGAAAUAGCUUCCUCUUGUAAGUCUGCCCUAAGCACUAAACUGUAUCACUAUAAAACGUUAGGUUUUAAAUUAUGUAGUAUAUGUACAUAUAGGUAUUAAAUACUUAACCUUU